ACCGUGAGGAACCUGAGUGCCUGCCUUGAGGUUUUACACCCAAACACAGGACAGCACCGGGACACAAACUCCUUUUCCCACAGUCAGAGUCACUUUACAGGAUGGGGAAUACCAAGAGCAGUGCACUGUCCAAGGAGCUCCUGGAGGACUUGAAAUCCAACACCAAAUACAGUGAAGCCGAGCUCUGUACCUGGUACCAGUCCUUCCUGAAGGAGUGUCCUGGUGGAAAGAUCAGCAAGGAGCAGUUUGAGGGAAUCUACGCCAGCUUUUUCCCAGACGCUGACCCCACGGAGUACGCACGGCACGUUUUCAGGAGUUUCGACACCAAUGCAGAUGGCACUUUGGACUUUAAGGAAUACAUCGUGGCUCUUCACCUCACAUCGGGGGGAAAGACUCUGCAGAAGCUCGAGUGGGCCUUCGCACUGUACGAUGUGGAUGGGAAUGGAACCAUCAGCAAGAAUGAAAUCCUAGAGAUUAUCAAGCUCACUCGUUUCUCUUUUGCAGUCAAUUUCAACAUGAUUCCUGUUGAUGACCAGAAAAACCUCCCUCAGGAUGAAAACACACCUGAGAAGAGGGCUGAAAAGAUCUGGACUUUCUUCGGGAAACAGGAGAACGAUAAAAUCUCUGAGGGCGAGUUCAUUAAGGGUGUGAUGGAAAACAAGGACAUCCUGCGCUUGAUACAAUACGACGAACCUCAGAAAAUCAAAGACAAGCUGAAAGAGAAGAAGCAGUAGUAUUGCGUCAUAUUAAGACUGUUUAUUUUCAUGUUUACAUUUUACUAUCGUCCGACUGCUUGUCUGCUUGACCCUCGUUUGUUUUUCAUUUGGUCGCAGUACAGAUUGUUGUCUUUACACCAAGAGUAGUCUGUCGAUGUUGUAUAUGAAAUGGUGAAAACACUCAUUCUACGUCUCUGAUUUGACAGUGCUUGAGUCAUGACCCCUCCCAUGCCAGCUUCUCCUGACAGCCACUUCACCCUGUCAUGACUGGCAGCAUACCAGCAUGUUUUUAACACUCGGGUCCAUUCAUUAGGUUGAUAGAAAGUCGAGACAAGAGCUCCUUAUGAAAGGAAUUAGGCUCGGGUUAACAAUCCACCUGGAUCCUAUUAUGGGCUGAAGGUCAAGUAGAAACAAACAAGCUCCACUCAUUGACUAGUCAGUGUAAUGUAUGCGGCACAGAGAGGAAAAUGCUGCCUGGACCUGCUCUGAUACUCCUCUUCAUCUCUGUUUUAAGUAUUUUAAGGCAAAUUCAUUAUCAAGGGUUGGAUCACUGCAAAAGACUAGGUCAAUACACAAGCAUUUGCCUUUUCUAGCACAGAUGGAAGAGUAAAAAGUGGCAAAAUAACACCUCUGCUUAUGUUGUGUUGUUUUUAUGCAUUUUUAAAGGUACCACAUGGAGUUUUUUCAUAUGUUUUAGUAUGUUAGUGUCUAAUACCACUGACUGCAACAAGCCUAGACAAUGCUCCAAAAAGCCCUGGCUCCCAUAGACCGACACGGAAUUUCUCUCUAAAAUACUAAGUCAUAAUUU